GGCCAAGAGGGUUUGUGCUUACUUAUUGUCUAUCUAUAUUGAUCAUACCAUUUGUACGUACUUAUAUGUCAACGUACUACUUUGUUUUUUUUUAUGCUAUCCUAUAUUACAUUUGUGAUUUUACUCUCUCAAAAGACUUCUUAUUAACAUUAUGCAUAUCGUCAAAGACUGAGCUUGGUCAGUAUCAGUUACUAGGAUUCUAUUGCUUUGUGAUAAUAUUAAAGCAUUUUAGAUACUCAUAUGUUUACUCUUGUUUAGAGAAUUAAAUACUUCUUUCAUGUCUUGUUUCUAUUAGUUGAAUAAUCAAGGUAUUUAACUUUGUGCAUUGAAAUGAUUAACAUGCAGAUCAAUGUACAAAAUACUCCUUAAUUCUGACCAAAAACAUGUAUAUAUCUACGCCUAUUUCUUUCUAUUUCUCCCUUUCUUCUUUACUAUAUGAAAUACGUCAAUAUCUUACUCUUUCUUGUUGCGUCUAUGUGUCUUCAAACAAUAAAAGCAGAUAUAGCUCAUAAUGAUCGAUGUGGAUCCUUUGUAGGGCACGGUACUAUCACCCACGCAAGAUGCAAACCAGGGCAAACCUGCAUUAAUGGACACUGUAUAUCCUAGGGCAUUCUAUUACCUGAGACAUCAUCAUAAUAAAGACCUAUGUGUGACUUUGCCUUGAAAACAUCAAUUUUUUUUUUAUAUCUUUCUCGU